AUGCCUCGCCGCGUUGCACUCCUAGGCGCUACAGGACAAACAGGUCAAGCCGUACUCAAAGACCUCCUAAUCCGAGACAUCUCCAUCAACAUCUACGUCCGCUCCGCCUCAAAACUCAUUGAUAAAUUCCCAAGCCUCUCCUCUAUGCCCAACACCCAAAUCUUCUCGGGAGAAAUCUCAGAUUCCACAUUGAUCAAGAACCUCUUGACCGAUGUGGACAUUAUAAUCUUCACUUUGGGUUGGAACGAAAACAGACGCGGUCCAACUAUCAUCGAGGAUGGUGCCAGAGCAGUGGUGAACGCUCUACGCGAACUCAAUGAGGAGCAGAAGCAAAAGCAAAAGCAAGAGCAACCACCAAGACUCAUCUUCCUAUCCUCAAUGACCUGGAACGAAACUUUACACGGCAACACCCCAUCUCUGCAUACCCGCAUGAUUCGUCUCGCCUUCUACUACCCCUACCAAGACCUUCUCGCUGGUCAAAGAAUCCUCCUCUCCGAACCCUCACUCCUGAAAGUGACACUAAUUCAACCGCCAGCAUUGAUAGAAGAACCAGCCAGUGGCUACGAUAUCAGCGUCCAUGAAGCAGGUGCUGGAUGCAGUUAUCCAGAUCUGGGAGGUUCGAUGGUGGAAGUUGCGUUGGACGAAGCGUAUGAAAGUGUUCCUGCUGUCAUGGUCACGAGUAAGGCGGGACAUGAUUUUGGAAGGUAUGCGGGUGUCAUCUUGCCGAAAGUGGUUAUAGGUCUUGCGGCAUCAUACUUGCCUGGCUUUUGGUUGAUGCAUGAUCUGGUAGAGAGGCUUUGGUCGUAA